GGAAACAACAACCUUCAUGAGGAGGGAAUAACGUGAUGUUGGGUGAGCAAUCGAACAGUGAUGUUCAGAACCCGUGGUUCUGCUGUUUGUAAAGAUCAGAGUUUCCAGUGCAAUUCCUGGGGCACGUGGAGAGGAUGUCCACUAAGGCGAUAGUUCGAUGUAUCUUUAAACGUCGCAAAGAGGGUGAACUGACUCUAAUACCAGGAGAGGUUAUUACAGUUAACAGUCAGGAUAUUUACAGUGGUUGGUAUGAAGGUAUGAACACUAAUGGAGAGCAUGGACUGUUCCCAGGCCAAAAUGUUGAGUUGUUGAUGGACUCUGUGCCAGCUAUCAAGAUAGAAGAAACAUGUGCUGCUGAUUCACAUUAUGAAGAAAUAGAUGUGGUUGAGCUCAGAUCAAAGAACUCUUAUAGCAAUUCAGACACAUCUGUUGAAUCAAUUGACCAGGUUUAUGAAGUAAUAACCCAUGAAGCAGAGGACAAACGAAGCAGUAAUGAAUCAACUCCAAAAAGGAUAACCAGACUGUACCAUUUUACAAAAACCGAAGCAGAACCCUUCAUCGUAGGGAAAACUGUGAAGACGGCCACAAAAAUUAAACUGACAUUCAAUGAAAAUGGUGCAUCUUGGGUAUAUCCAAUAGUACCGUUGGAAUGCACAAUUACCAGUCCUCAGAUAGAAACCAAAUAUUCAGGGAUGAAGAAAUACAUUUCUUACCAAAUCACACCCAAUGAUACAAAUAUCUCAGUUUACCAUCGAUACAAACACUUUGACUGGCUGUACUGUCGGCUAAUAGAGAAGUUUGGAUCCAUAAUCCCAAUCCCACUACUUCCAGAAAAAGAUAUUCCAUGGAGGUACAGUGAUGACUUUGUGCAGGCUCGUAUGGCUGGCUUACAGGCCUGGAUUAACCGCAUAUCGCGUCACCCUAUUAUCUCCCACAGUGAGAUCUUUCAACACUUUAUCAGAAGAAGAGAUGAAAAAGAUUGGAAAUCUGGUAAAAGAAAUGCAGAGAAGGAUGAAGCUGUUGGAGGAAUGAUAUUCUCUGAAAUAAUGCCAUCAUCAGAGUUUAGGCUGCUGAAUGGAGAAGAACCAGAAAAAUAUUUGACCUUUGCCAAAUAUAUGGGAGAAAGUGUUAGAAAUCUUAUAACAGUGACAGAGGAACACACGACACGGUGCACUGGAUCACUGAAGUCAGAAUAUAUCAAAAUAGGGAAGGCCUUCUCAGAUAUCUCAGCAUCAUUUGCUAAAAGCACCUAUCUUGGGAAAGAAUCCAUUGGAAAUGCAUUGGCAUUUGUGGGAAAAACAUACGAUGAUAUUGGGAAUGUUUAUUUUGAUCAGCCAAAGCAAGAUGUUCACUGUUUGUUGGAGAUCAGUAAGGAGUAUAAAGGAUUGCUGGCCUGUUUCCCCGAUAUUAUAAACGUCCUCAAGGGAGCAAUAGAAAAGGCUCAUGAAUAUGAAAAACUUGCUCAAGUCAACAAAGUCACAAUGAAAGAAAAAGAAGCCAUAGUUUUCAAAGCUGGAGUCGUGUCUUCAACUAUACAGGCUGAAAUCAAUCACUUUAACCGUGAACUUACUAAUGACUACAAAGAAACAAUUCAACAUUUUCUGUAUGAACAGGUUCAGAUGUAUAGCAAGAUAACAGAUAAGUUGAGAGAGGCAUAUGCUCGCUUUGAAUUCUAAUGGCUUCCACCAGACUCUUAGACCUCUUCAAAAAGUUACAAUUUUGUAAUUUGACAUAUAAAUUUUUUGUAAAGUCCCAAAUUUAUUAACUUAUAUUUUCAGUUUUACUACUUGUGUUGCUUGCAACAUUUUGUCACCAGCUCCAGUAAUUACUCCUUUAUUUGCUUCCAUUUAAUUCUGAUUGAACUUUUGCAGCAUUAACAAACAUUUCCUGACAAUUAAAUCCAGCUAUUCUGAGGCUCUUUGCUGGAACUGUAAAGAAAGUUUGUUGCAACAGCACUCUAAUUGUGCAAUGCAGAAUCUUUGCAAAUGCUCCAAAACUUAAUUCUAAUGUGCAUUUUGCAACAUCCCUACUCAUUUAAAAAUAACUAAAUUUGGAAUUUCCUAAAGAAUUAAAUUCUUUAAAUUGUUCUCAGAGACUAAAUUGUAAUCAAGUGUAACUCCCACCUUUUCUAGAGGUGUGGAAUAGCGUCUCUGAGAUGGUUGAUUAGGAAAUUAAGUAAACUUAAAAUGACAUUGUCAUAGGAAUGUCAAAGCAUCUUGGUGAUACAUCUAUUGUGAAUGAUCUGAUUGCAUACUCAAGUAAAUUACAAGGUGCUAAAGGGAGUAAUUUUAAGUCAAUUAUGGAGAUCUGAUGGUUCAAAAUAGAGAGCUUUGCUAACAAAAGGGGGAAGAGUGCAAAAUAAUUGCAAAUACUCCAGGAGGUAAAAUAAAACUCUUAGUGCUUAGUUAUAUAACAACUCACAGCCCUAACUGUGCAUUCACAAUAAUGUGAAAUCAGUACAAAGUGACUUCCUACAGCAAAGCACUACGUGACAGAAAGGAAAAGUACAGCAAGAAGAGAUUCUGCUUCUGAGUUACUAUGGGGCUUGAUAACCCAUUUACAUUACACAAGUUUAGCAUGAGUGGUAUUUUGUUUUAAAAUUACUUCCCAUUUUAUUUGGGGAACUGGGAAAUGUGGGAAACUUAAUAGAAGGGAAAAACAAUACUGAAAAUGUUCACAUGUUUGGAGAAAGAGUCAUUUUAAAGAGGAGUACUAAUUUAGAAAUCUUUGUUUUGCUAAACAGAGUAUGUUGCUCUGACUACUCAAUACUUCACUGUAAAUAUUUUAUAGUAUAUUAACAUACAUUUAAUAUUUUGUGUUUUUAUGUAUCUGAUAUUUUCUGUUGGUUUCAGUUAUGUUUUGAGCCUGGAAGAAUAAGAAGACAAAUAUAACCACUUGUACUUUGUUUGGAGUAUAUUUA